AGGGAUCUUCGUCCCUCCUCCCACGCCCAUUGCGAAACGAUCUUACUCCUCAAUUCUUGCCCUCCCCUUACUCCCACUAGAGCCAAUUUCAGGCUCCAUCCAUUGCCCUCUUUCCUUUUUCGGGCCUCCGGGCAGCCAUGGACUACCGCUCCAACGGCAGGUCGGUCCCGAAAACCUCCCUCUCUGAGCGCCCAGACGCCGUCUCAGCGCCCACUGGCCCUCAUACUUCAGCGCUAUCUACUGCCUCACCCUCAACCGACUCCUCAUCUGACUCGGCCCCUCCCACUGCCUAUCCCCCUUUUCAUCAUGUUCCUCCCCCCAUGAUGGACGUCGAUCAUUCUACCGUAGCGGAAGACCGUUCACGUCGAGCCACCAGUGUACUAUCCAUGGAUGAUAUCGAAGCCGCCCAAGCCCUGGAGGGCCUUCGCACUGACUACGGUCAAUCGCCGCGAACGUCGCAGAUGAACCGCCCCGAAUCCAAGCAGCAACCAGAGCCGCUACUGUCCCUUCUCACCUCCACCCAUCCUCUCAUCUCAUCCGCUAUAAACGGCUCGGUGUCUGCCUAUGCAAAUUCCAAAUCCUAUUCCCCUCGUUUCAAAUCCAGCGCCGAAUUCCUCGAGCGCAACAUUGGCUCUCCCGUCGCCAACACGGUUGGCACCGUGGGCCGGAAGACUGGCGUGGAAAGUGGCCUUCGGUGGGCGUUACAGCGUCGGGUAUCCUCGUCAGCCCAGUCUAGUCGUUCUAAACGCCGGAAGGUUGGCAGCGAGCAACAGUCUACGGAGGUCGACGUAGAGAAGGGCCCAGAUCUGGCGAUGAGGCUGUCGCCGGGAGAGGGUCCUCCACCCUACGAUGAUCAGAGGUCUCCCAAUUAUGACGAGAUCAGUCGAGACAGUCCGUCGCGGCAGACUCCGUCCACAUGGCAGAGUCGACUGAUGAUCUCGACAUCCGGCCUGGGCGUGGCGAUGAGUGAGGAAUCGCUCCGAAGCCUGCAGUAUUGUCUGACUUGGCUGCGCUGGGCGAAUGGACGGCUGGACAAAGCGAUUGAGGCCCUCAAGGCCGCCCUGAAAGAAUGGGACAGCUCAAGGCAGCAGAAUGGGGAUUCUACUGCAGAGCAGGACGCUUCCAGCACCACUGUCCUCUCGAAUCGCAUCCAGGCCGUCAAGGCGGAUGUGCUGGCGACGCUGAAACGCGUGGUGGGCAUUGUCUCGAAAUAUGCCGGGGGAGCGCUCCCGGAGAAUGCACGGAACUUGGUGCGUCGGCAUCUUACCUCACUGCCGCAUCGGUUCCAGAUCGCGUCGAACUCCAACCCGCCGCCAGAUUCCAUGGCGGCGGCAUCGGACGCCACCGUCAGCGCCCAUCGCAUCCUCGUCUUGGCCCAGGAGGGCUUGGAUAUGAUGUCGCAGGUCAGUGGCGUAGUCAACGACACCCUGGUCAGCGCUGAGCAUUGGUGUGAAAAAUUGGGUCGGAAGCGCUCAGAGGGCAAGGCGCCGAUCGAGGCUCCGCCCCGAGAGCACGAUGAGCCGUGCCCGGCGGAUAUCAAAGUUCCAGUUCAGGAGCCAUCCCCUCGAGAUGUCUCCAUGACAGGAAUGGAGAAGGUUUAGUGAUGCUAUCAGCGCUCGGCACCGUACGAUGCAGGCCACUGCUCCCGUGCUUCUGAACCAGUCUGAUGAAUGACAUAGUUCUUCCCUUAUUACACGAGGUCUGAUUACCUCCCUUCUUUACUUCUUUGUUUCUUUGUGUUAUUCUUAUUGGUCACUGUAUCGCAUUUAGUUCUGCUGUUUGCAGCUUCCUUGACCACUCCUUGAUAUCACUGUUUUUCUUUUCUCCUGCGGCGGAUGAAUGGCGUUUCUCUUGUUUGACUGGCUGGGCGGUUGGGUUGGAACUGGAUACCUGGAUUGUUUGUUAUAUCCAACCUGGUGCAUCUCUCUUUCCUGUGAUACCACCCCUUUUCUAUGAACCUACACAGUACAAUGAUGGCUCCAGUGAUGAAAAGUUCAUGACUUGAAUCUGCUUUAUUCCUCUCAUGCACCGACUUGAAUUGGAGCUCUCCCGAUGCCCUUGGUUGGAUGUAAUGAUCCGGGAAUCGGCCGACUCCCAGUGUGAGCGUUUGUGCUAAUGAAUAUUUGAUUCUGAGUAUGCGUAAA